UGUUGUAGCAGAUCUAAUCUUUACCUGGUGAGGUAUUUUUUUUGUUUUCCUGAGAGAAAAUUUUAUCUCUGCUACCCUACCUCUCCUUCCCUCAUCAUUAAUAGCACUUGACCUAUGAUUUUUGCAAAAUAUCUUUGCUAGUAUUUCAGCUUUUCCUUCAUCUUCUGUUAUAGUUGUGUUAUGUAUUUGGAUAUACAUAUACUUUUUAAACACAGUUCAUCAUUUAAAUUGUUUUCCAAACUUUUUCAGCUUUUAUUUCUUUCCCUGCUGUAUUACAGAAGUUUCACCAAUAUUCUCUAUUUACAUUCUUAUUAAACUUUCAUCAUCUGUGUUUGCUUUCUUUUAUACUCAGUUAGAUUUUAAAUAUCUGGAUUACUUUUAAGUCAUUAAAUGCUUUAUUUCUUAAUUACUUCACUACAUUCAUUUGUCCACCAUGGUACCAUUUUCUUAUCGUUCUGUCUUCCUCCUUUCUUCACUGAUUAUUUUGCAGCUUUGAAAGUUGUCUCACAGAUACAUACAUUUAUAGCAUUUAUGUCUACUGUCAUAUCUAUUUCUUCAAAAAUUUUGACUCAGGUAUCUAAACUUGAUCUCAUCUGGUUUAUUAAAGUUCCAUUUCUUAUUGACCUUUAUAUUGCUACUAAAUAAUGUCAAUCAAUCUUGUUAUGAUUUUAAUGGGACAAUGAUCAACACCAACUGCUUUAUUGUUGUUAAUGUCCAACUUACAGAUAAUAGCCAAUGCGUUUGAUGCAGAUGUUAAAUCAACUACUUACUCUGUUUCUGUUCUUACUUUAAAUCUCAUUCCCUUCCCAUCAUUUGGAAAUACACUUUUUUAUUUCUAUCAACUCUUCAAUAAGUUUCCCCCUUUCAUCAUUAUAAUUUUCCCAUAACAAACUAUUAGCAUUAAAAUCCCUACGCCAUAUUACUUUUCCUUCCAGAUACCCCAACAUCUCUUCCAUCAACUCAAGUGAUAAUUAUUUACACGGAUGACAAAAAAGUAUUAUCUCACAUUUUUCUUCUUUUCCACAAAUUUCAACUACUAUAUACUCCAGUUCUAUACCUUUUUCCAAUAUCUGAUGUUGUAUUCCAUUCUUUAUAAAUAUCCCACAUACCCCUCCAUUUCUUUCUUUAUCUAUCCCUUCUUACACUAUUGUAACCUUGACCACUGGAGAUGGUCACAAGCCUGCAAGGAAAAGCAGGUAUAGACGAUGGAUGAGAACGUUGCCUGUAGUUUUAAAUGUACCCUCUCUCUACCAGAGCUGUUUUCAGAAGCAGCUGUGCUUUGUAUCUUUCCAUCAAUUGGGUGACGUUUAAUUGUUUAUGAAUUGGCCAGUGUCUUGGGGUCUUUUCUGUGAAUUGGUGGUAUAUAAGAAAACAGUUUUGUUUAUAUUAUUAUUGUUUUUAUGAGGUAUUAAAGACAAUAGUUGGUAUUUAUUGUGACACAAAACAUGUAUGUUAAUAUUUUCCUCCCCAUUCCUUUAUUGUGAAAAUCAAAUGGUUGAAAGAGGAAAUUGUUUUCCAAGUCAGAACUUUACUAGUCAUUGAUUGGUCCGUGAACAGGAAGUUACGGAACGUAACCAUGUUAGCUUGUCUGGAUAGGACCCGACUGAAAAAAGCGUCUUAUUGUUUGUAGUAAAUGUCUCAGACUCUUCUCAGCAUUCUCCGUGGAGGCACUUCUUCGCUUUAUUUAUUUAUUCGCUGUGAUUAUUUUAGCUUAAGUUUCCCGUAUGUCAUGUAAUUAGCCUUCAUUAGCAAAGUAAAUGGACUGUUAGCUUCCGUGAAGCUAAAGCUGCUAAUAGCAGAGAGUAAAUCAGAGUUACUGACGUGUAAGCUUUAAAAGUUCAUGGUUUAGAGCUACGAAACGAGUCCAGACUCCAUGUUGAUCAGACUGUGUGGACACCUCCUCUAACCUCGUUGUCCAGCUGAGGACCGAGAGACUGGGGACAGUUCCAGAGAGGACACAGAGCUGCUGACCAAGGAGCAUGUGAAGGUUGCAAACAAAGAUUGUGAAAAGCAGAAUCCCAGGUGUGCAGAGGAUGUCUGAGAUGAUGAAGGUUGAAGCAGAGGAGCCUGGAGGACUCAGUUUGGUGUCCUCCAUACCUGCAGCCUCCUCAUCAGAACUGGAGCAGAAACAAGACAGCAAAGAUCUCAUCAUACCAGGCUAUCGGAUGUUGGUGAUUAAAGAAGAGGUUCCCCAUGACUGGAGCACCAGUUUGGAAAAUCCACAACCCUGCUGCAUGAAAGAAGAAGAGGAGGAAGUGCGCAUCAAACAGGAGGGAGAGCCGCUCUCUGUGAAGAGUGAAGAAGAAGAGAUACCUCAGUUAUUAGAGCUUCAUCACAUCAAAACUGAUGACAAGAGAGAGACUGAAGUCCCAAGUGAAAUCCCAGUGAGUUCUUUAGAAGAAAGUAAUACAAAGGUUCACAAGAGAGGUAAAAGUUAUAAACUGAAUUCUAUCUCUUCGGCUGAGAUUGACGUCCAUAAUGGAGAUAUGCCAUUUGGUUGCAGUAUAUGUGGCAAAAGGUUUAAAAAUAAGAAUCGUGUUAGAUUACACAUCAUGACUCACACUGGAGACAGAGAACAUAGCUGUGAUCUUUGUGGUAAAGGAUUUCUACUGAAGAGUCAUCUUCAGACACAUAUGAGACUCCACACUGGAGAGAGACCAUUUGCCUGUGAUGAUUGUGGUCGAAGCUUUCACGCAAAGACAAAUCUUAAAACUCACAUGAAGGUCCAUUCAAAAGAGAAACCUUUUUGUUGUGAUGUUUGUGGAACAAAUUUUAAAAGAAAGGAAACACUUAAAAAGCACAUUUGGAUCCAUACCACAGAGAAACCCUUUGUCUGUAAUUUUUGUAGUAAAGGAUUCUCUCGACAAAAGAGUCUAAAGAGUCAUAUGUGUCUUCACACAGGAGAGAAACCAUUUAUUUGCGGUGUGUGUAGUAAAGGAUUUGGAUUACAAGAGAAUCUAAAGAGUCACAUGUGCAUUCACACAGGAGAGAAAUCAUUUAUUUGUAGUGUUUGUAGUAAAGGAUUUCAUCGACAUGGAGAUCUAAAGAGACACAUGCGUGUUCAUACAGGUGAGAAACCAUUUCUUUGUACAGUUUGCAGUAAAGGAUUUUCACAACAAAUUCAUUUAAAGAGUCACAUGCUUGUUCACACUAGAGAGAAGCUAUUUAUUUGUAGUUUCUGCAAUAAAGGAUUUUCACAACCAGAAACCUUAAGGAGACACAUGCGUGUUCACACAGGAGAGAAAGAAUUUAUCUGUAGUGUUUGUAACAAAAGAUUUUCUCUAAAACAACAUCUAAAAAACCACAUGGAGGUACACAUCGCAACAUUUUGCUGUAAUGAUUGUGGAAAACGUUUUGUUAAGGAAAUCCAGUUACAGCGACAUGUAAGAGUCCACUCAGAGGAAAGGCCUUUUGGUUGUGACGUCUGCAAAAGCAGAUUUAACCAAAAGUGUCAACUUAACAAUCACAUGCGAGUCCAUUCUGGGGAGAAACCGUUUGUAUGCAGUGUUUGUGGUAAAGCAUUUUCACAACAAGGAAAUCUGAAAAAACACAUGGGCGUUCAUGAUGGUUGUAAUUAAUUAUUAUUUUGACAUUCAACUAAUCUUAUUAUUUGUUCAGGUAAUAAUAGGCCAAACCCUGAUCAGGUUUUAAAGAAUUCACCAACGCUGCCUCACUUACUGAGGUUUAGCUAAUCAUAUUUGGGAGGAUGCCAAUGAUUUUAUUUUUAAUAGAAUCAAUUUUAUUUAUGAACAAUCCCAUAAAAUCAUUGGGGCUGAGAGCUGAGGGAAUGGAUGGAUUAAUAGAGCUAUGACUGGGUAAACUUGGUCAACUGUACUAAAGACAAACGUAGGAUUAUUUUUUUAAUGUCGUCUAUUAGUGAUGAAAAAUAUGCUGCUCUAAGAAUUUUUAAACUGUGCCAUGCUUGGACUUUGCUUGAGCUCCAGUCUGCUCCACAGCCUCACUCCACAAACAGAUAUACGAAAACCCUUAAGCAUUGUUCGUGCCCACUGGGGUUUAAAGUUAAGCUGCUCCCUCAAAUUGUAGCCCCCGAUUUUGUUCAAAAACAAUUUCUGAAUAUUUCCAGGAUGUAAAUUGUAUAUUGCUUUAUAGAUGAUUUGUGCUGUUUGAAAAAUAAGCAAAUUUGUACAUUUUUAUAUUUUUGAUAUUAAGAAUAAAGAAUUUGUGUUAUCUCUGUCACCAGAAUGAUUGAUUUAUUCUAAGGCUCUUUUCCGCUUUAUGAAUUGUGAUUGUAUUGUACAUUUGUAGGUAUAACCCCAGACGUCUACACAGUAAUGUAACUAUGGCAGAAUUAGUGAACAGUAGAGAAUAUGGAGUGAUCUGUGGUCCAGAAUGUGUGUCGCUUUGCUCAAGACAGAAAUGCUCCUUGACAAUUUGCUCUAUAUAUGUUUUAUGAGAGACUUUCAGUUUAUUUUAUCCUCAGUUGUUACACCAAGAAAUAUGUUUUCAUAUACUCUUUCAAUAUUGACCCCAUUUACUUGAAUGGAUACUUAUGUAUUAUUAAUGAAGUUGCCAAAUAACAUGAAUUUGGUUUUCUUAAGUUUAAUGAUGAAUAUUCACCCAUCCUCACAAAUUGUUUUCUGUUACUUAAAUAGCUUCUCUCCCAUUGCAACACUAGCUCUCUGAUCCCAUACCGUUCAAGUUAAUUGAAUAAUAUAUAAUUAUUGAUUGUGCCAAUAUCUUUUUUAAGAUCUAUGAAUAUGCCAAUUGAAUGUCAUUUAUUUUCUAUAGCCCUUUGCUGUUGAGCUGUUUGCUCUAAACCCAUAUUGACUGUCAGAAAGUUAUUUAUGUUUAUUUAUGAAUUUGUCUAGUCUAUUGUUAAAUAGUUUUUCAAAAAUGUUGGAAAACUUUGUAAGAAAAGAAACAGGUGUGUAAUUUGUGAAGUUUUAUGUAGUGGCACAACUUUGGCCAUUCUUAUUGUGUCAGGAAAUGUACCAGUUUGGUAUGAUAAAUUGCAGAUUUAUGUUAGUGGUUCUGAAAUCCCCUCAAUGAUGGUUUUGGUCAUAUUUUGCAUGCCAAUUUAAUUUGUAUCAUUAGACAUUUUGCAUUUGUAUUUGUUUACAAUAUCUAUUUUUUUCUUCGACUGCUAUGGAGAACAUUGAAAUGGGAUUUCUCACACUAGGAAUUUCAUUCCAAUCCUCUAACAGUGGAUCAAAAAAAUGUUCCUCCUUUUUUGGACCUAUAUUUACAAAAAAUAAAUAAAUAUUAAAGCUUUUAGCCACAUAAUUUAUAUUGUCCUUAUGUUGUCCUGCUGUUGUUUAGAAAAAAAAAGUCUAAUAUCCCUCAGAUAUUAUUUUUGUUAUGUAAUAUUAUACUAUAAUAUUCCUUCAUAUAUAUGCUUAUUAUAUUGGUUAGCUUAUUUUUUUAUUAUAAUUUUUAUAUUUAUUUUCUGUCUCUUCUGUCCUUUGUUUUGAAAUCUCUAUACAAUUUAUUUUUCUUUUUACAGGCAUUUUGUAAUCUCUUUGUAAACCAUGGUUAAUCUGUGUGUUUAUUUUGUAUGUGGUAUCUUUUUAUUGGACAUUUUAUCAUAUGGUAAUGUGAAUAUUCUUUUAAAAAGUUUCAUAUGCCCUAUCCAUAUGUUUUUCACUAUAUACCUCUUCCCAAUUUUUUUCCAAUAGAUUGUUCUUAAAUUUAUUCAUAGUUUCCUCUGACCUUACUUGCCUAUAGUUUACUAUCUCUUCUGGCUUUUUACACUGCUUGUUGUUGUUAUAUACUCUAAGAACUGGUAAGUGAUCACUUAAGUAAUGAAUUAACAGUCCACUCACUGUGUUAUUUUUUGAUAUCAUUGGUAAAUUUAUUAUUAAUUAAAGUAGCACAAUGGGAUGUAAUUCUA